UUGUAGCAAACUGGCUAGUUCUUUGUAUACUUUUUACGAAGUGGACAAUGCCUUUCUCGGUCGGACAUGGGCAGGCUACUUGGGGCAGAAGUAGCUAGUGCGGGGGAACAGGGUCAGUGCGAAUUAGCUACGGCGGUGUGGACAGGGUCAGGGCGAAUUAGCUAGGGCGGUGUGGGCAGGGUCAGGGCGAAGUAGCUCGAGCGGGGGCAGGGUCACUGCUAAACUGCGAACUGCGAUGACAAUGGAAACUAGGACACGUGUGGUUUCUUGGAUCAAGCACUAAAUUAAAUUCAUUCGAAAAAACCAUGCCCGGUUUUUCAUUUCAGUUUCGCCCAACUGACCCUUGCUUGUAGCGAGAAGACGCGUUGCAGCGCUCAUCGUCUGAGCUAGCUGCCCAACUAACUAACUAUGGCGAUUGCACACGUAGCAACUCAAUAUGUGUUCUCAGACUUUCUACUUAAAGAACCAACAGAUAAGUACAAAGGAGUACGAUUGGAACUUGCGGUGGAUAAAAUCGUCAGUUGUAUCGCAGUUGGUCUUCCUUUGUUACUCAUCUCUCUUGCCUUUGCUCAGGAGGUCUCCGUAGGCACUCAGAUCAGCUGCUUCGCUCCCACCAACUUCUCCUGGCGUCAGGCUGCCUAUGUGGACUCCUACUGCUGGGCUGCUGUGCAGAACAAGCAUCUGCUAGAUGAUGAGAACAGUCGUGUGCCCCUCUGGCUGCAUAAGUUCUUCCCUUACAUCCUCCUGCUCGUGGCGAUCCUGAUGUACGUCCCCUCCCUGUUCUGGCGUUUCACAGCCGCUCCUCAUCUCUUCUCCGACCUGGUGUUCAUCAUGGGAGAGCUGGACCGCACGUACAACAGGGCCAUCAAGCUAGCCGGCAUUGACCCUCAGAGCAGCAGUGCUGGAGAUCUCACUGAAACCUGCUUCGGGUACCCUAUAGUGGAGCAGUACCUUAAGACCAAGAGGCACUCCAAGAACCUGGUGAUUAAGUACCUCAUCUGCAGAGCUAUAAGUCUGGCCGUCCUGCUGUUGGCUUGCCUCUACCUGGGCUAUUACAUCAACCUGGCAUCCAUCACAGACGAGUUCACCUGCAACAUCCGCACAGGCAUCCUGAAAAACGACACCACCAUCCCCAAAGCCCUGCAGUGCAAGCUGGUGGCCGUGGGCAUCUUCCAGCUUCUCAGCUACAUCAACCUGAUCAUCUACAUUCUGCUGGCCCCUGUGAUCAUGUACGCUACUGUGGCGCCCAUGCUGCAGGGCUCAGAAUUCCUCAAGCCCUAUGAUAUGCUGCCCACGUUUAGUGUGAUGAAAUUGGGUGGGCACUUCUAUGAUGACCUUAGCAUGUACCUACUCUUCCUGCAUGAGAACCUUAGCGAGCUCAAGUCCUACAAGUGCCUGAAGGUGCUUGAGUUGCUGAGGAUAAGAGAGGGGGUGGACCCGAUGGCAUUACUUAGCACGUUCAGCCAGGUGAAGACUGAUGCUGUGGAUGGAAGGGCUCACAAGGGCAAUGGCCUGGCAGCCGAACCAGAGCGUGACCAGAAUGGCACUGAGAUGAAAGAUAUGUCUUCUCCAUUACUGGAGGAAGGGCUGAAAGGGGAUGGACAAUGCAGUGAGGUGGCGUUACGUCAGCGGGUCAUCUAACGGCUGCAUGAGGACACCAUGAUUUAACAUUUGAUAUUUGGAUUUCCUAUUCCAAAAGUUGGUUUUAUUUGCAGAUUGGAAUUUCAUAAAUGUUUAGGUUCUGAUGAUCAUAUCUGGGACCAAAGGACUUUUUACGUUUCCCUUUUAUUGUUGUGAGCCAUUAAUAUUUAUUGUAGUAUUGAUUUUGCACUGUGGCUAGGUACGUUUUGGUCUUUGUGUUCAUGCCUCAUAGCAAGAUUUUUGUGUGUGUGUGAUUUUUUUUCUGCCCAGCUGUGACCGUAAUAGUGACACAAUUCCAGCUGACCAGGUGGUGGAAAUAUUGGAGAAAUAUUUCUAUUCCCAAUGUUUCUCCUUCACUCUAUUACCUUACCAAAGUGAUUCAAGGACAAUAAUUCAGCUGUCAAAUCGAUUGUUGUUCAUAUUUGUUUUUGUGUUUUUAUUUAAAUUCUGCCAGUGUGUGUCAUAGUCUUUAUUGCCUUUCCUGCAAAAUUUGUCUUCAGCUUACCAGUCUUUAGUCAUGUGCUUUGUCUCACUUGGUAAUGGGAACAGCAUGUUCAGGAGAGAGAGAUUUGUAAGGAGUGAACUGUGAAGAACAAAUAGCUGCUCAUUAUUAUUUCAUGGAAAAAUAUUUGGAUUGGGCGGCACGGAUGGUGCAGAGGGUAGCACUGCUGCCUCACAGCAAGGGGGUCCUGGGUUCGAAUCCCCGUCAGCCGGGGCCUCUCUGUGCAGAGUUUGCAUGUUCUCCCCGUGUCUGCGUGGGUUUCCUCUGGGUACUCAGGUUUCCUCCCACAGUCCAAAGACAUGCAGGUUAGGCUGAUUGGAGAGUCUAAAUUGCCCGUAGGUAUGAGUGUGUGAGUGAAUGGUGUGUGUGCCCUGUGAUGGACUGGCGACCUGCCCAGGGUGUAUUCCUGCCUUUCGCCCAAUGUAUGCUGGGAUAGGCUCCAUCCCCCCUGCGAUCCUGUUCAGGAUAAGCGGGUUCAGAUAAUGGAUGGAUGGAUGGAUAUUUGGAUUGACAGCAUUGGAUGACAAAAACUAUGAGAGAUGUUUUAUUGUGGUCCAUUCUUCCUUCACCAUCCAAGGUUCUUGUGCUUGAACUCUGCCUUUUAAGCAUUGAACUUUUACUUGAAAUGUGUGUGAAUAAUACACAAAAAUGGCCAAAUUGUACACCCUGGGCAGGUCGCCAUGUCAAAAAUGGCCAAAUUGUAGCAUUUGCUUUGAAAGUUCUCUGCAGGUGGCAGUUCAUUUUCUGAUCCACCAUAGUUUCUGUUUUUGAUUUAAGGGUCGGUUUUAUUGCUUUAAAUGUUCAGAAAUGUUUUGUUCAAGAAGAUUACUGCAUGUUCUCACUUAUCACAUUGUGCUAGGAUUAAGGUUAGGGCACAAGACUUAUGGUAAUAAAUGUAAUGUAAAAAAACUAGCAAGCUGUAAUCUUUCACUUGGUAAAUCUAUGAAGUGAAAGGACUCUUGGUCCAGCACAAUGUGAACGGCCUACAUUAUGUGAGGCAUUCGUGUCGAGUCAACCUCGCUGUCACUGAAACCGCUUUAGUUCUUCCUCCGUCUCUAGAUGCCUGUAUUCAGCAUGCUGUCUCUGGGUAAAGCUUUUUGUCCAGAAUGUGACUGCUGAGUGCUUCUUCUUUUCUUUUCUUUUUUACAUACUACUGAAAAGUCUAUUUAAUACUGUUUGUCAUCAUUACAUUUUUAGCAUCACAUCCUUGACAAAAGUGUGCUGAGGCUAUCUUUACAAGGUUUGUUAAAUUUUUGGUUUUCAGUUGAGCAGAGAUUCUGGAGGACAGAAGAAUCAAUGUGUGCUCGAUUAGCAGUUCAAAUAUUUUGGAGCAAGUUUUGUACAGAUAACAUUUUAAUCAAUUAUUCCAUUUAGCUGCAGCACUGCUUUGUUCAGCCGCUUUAAUUCUCUCGUGCCCAUUAAUAGUUAAGGCCUUAUUUCCAAUGCCAUUCUAAUUCCAAACCUUGUGCAUUCAUUGUCUGGGAAACUGAAAAAACAGGCAUGUGCUGUAUUUGGCUUGCUUGGCAGGAUUAACUUGGGUCUAUGUUGUGUCUAUGUAGGUAUUAACACUGCUUUCAUGAGAUGUACAUACAUUAUUUUUGUGACCAUGGUAAUGUGCGGUAUUUGGUCAGUCUUACAUUUCCACUGUGUGCUCCAAUGAUAUAUUGAUCUAUUGAUCUAUUCCUUUUCAAGCAUUUGAGAGGGAUGACCCUUGCAUUAAUUAUCUGGCAACUGUCAUGUUUGUUAUAUCUCAAUGCAAAGGGAUCAUUAUGAGGCACAUAUACAAUGCAGUCCGUAAGUACUUGGGCUGUGGUAUGAUUUCUGUUCUUUUAGCUCUGUACUCCAGCACAUUAGAUUUGAAAUGAAGCAAUGAAUUAUGAUGUUAUUUUACCUGUAAUUUGAGGGUAUUUGCAUCCAUACUGGCCAUUCUCCUCUGUCUCAUUCACCCAGCAUUUCUGUCUGCAGAACUGCUGCUCACUGGAUUUUUUGUUUUUUUGUUUUUUUAUUUUUUUUGUGUUCAAAAGAGGCUAAUGUGCAUGGAAAUACCAGGAGAUCAGCCGUUUCUGAGAUACUCAAACCACCCUGUCUGGCACCAACAGUCAUUCCACUGUCAAAAGUUUCUUCGAUCACAUUUUUUCCCCAAUUCUGAUGGUUGAUGUGAAAAUUAACUGAAACUCCUGACGAGUAUUUACAUGAUUGUAUGGAUUGCACUGCUGCCACACAAUUGGCCGAUUAGAUAAUUGCAUGAAUAAGUAGGUGUAAUAAAGUAAAAAUGUUCCUAAUAAAGUGCUUGGUGAGUGUAUAUGUGACGCAUAUAUGUAAGAAGACUGUAAUCACUGCCAAAGGUGGCUGAAAGUAGUGAAUAAAUGGAGUGAGUACUUA